GCAGUCCGUCGAUUGCGCUGAGCGCUUGCUCUGCUCCGCUAACUCAAAGCUGCUGCUCGCUGUGCGUUUAACACCGAGACCCAGAGUGAGUAGUGCGUUGGUUCGUUCCGGGUACGCUUCGUGGACGCACUUUGUUGCCAGCAUCUCGCGGGCUUUGAAACAAUUGCUUAGAUUCCGAUCCGACACAAAGAUUGCAGAUUGUUGGAGGAAGGCUUCGACUCAAGGGCAGCAGGAGACGAGACAGCGAGAUGGCGGAGGGAGUGGGCAAGACCGUCGUAGUGACGGGAGCUAACGGGUUCAUCGCCUCGUGGGUUGUCAAGCUUCUGCUCGAAAGAGGGUACACCGUGCGUGGAACUGUUCGCAACCCAGAUGAUACUAAGAAGGUGGGCCACCUGCUGGAGCUGCCGGGGGCGAAAGAAAGGUUGAUUCUUAGCAAAGCAGACCUGUUGACAGAAGGGGCUUAUGAUGAGGUUGUUGACGGUGCUGAUGGAGUCUUCCACACCGCUUCGCCAUUUUUUAUGAAGAACAUCACCGAUCCAGAGGAGCAAUUUCUAUCCCCUGCUAUUAAGGGAACUUUGAACGUACUCAAAUCUGCAGCAAAAACUAAGAGUGUCAAACGCGUGGUCCUUACCUCCUCAACUGCUGCAGUAGUAUACAACAACAAACCAAGGGGUCCAGAGGUGGCCGUAGAUGAAAGCUGGUGGAGUGAUCCAGAGUACUGCAAAGAAAUUCAGUUGUGGUAUCACGUUUCGAAGACACUCGCCGAAAAAGCAGCGUGGGAUUUUGUGAAGGAUAAAGACUUUGAUCUUUUGGUGAUGAAUCCGGCAAUGGUGAUUGGUCCACUCCUGCAAAACACCUUAAAUACCAGCACUGAGAUUAUCCUCGAUAUGAUUACUGGAGUGGUGAAGGAGUACCCCAAUGCUGCCUUGGGCUACGUAAAUGUGAAAGACACGGCCUUAGCUCAUGUGUUGGCAUAUGAGACGCCCUCAGCAGAAGGUCGGUAUAUCUUGUCGAACAGGGUCGUGCACUACGAGGAUAUAACAGAGCAUUUGAAGAAGAUCUGCCCAGGCUAUCCAAUUCCCUCCAAAUUGAGCGGAUCAGCGCCGAAAGUAAAGACUUACAACCUAAAUCAGGAGAAAGCUGAAAAGCUAGGCGUUCACUUCACUUCCGUGGAGGAGAGUCUUGAGGAAUGUGUGGCAAGCCUUAGAGAGAGGGGAUUUCUUUCCAAGUUGUAAAUUAAGCAGCUGAAAAUGUAAAAAUGACUUACGUUGCAAAGGGUUCGGAAGGGGAGGACGCAAAUAAGUCUGAUUUUCUUUAUGACGGUUCACAAUUUACACAGUAAUUUGCAGUUCUCGACUUUGCUCAGAGCUUAGCCAGUACGAUAGAGGGAGCUACGUCAAGGACACAGCGAAGGCAAGCUGGAAGCAUGUUUCUGCACAUGCUGAAAUUAGCGUGGCACUAUUUAUGAAAUUUACGUAAAAAAUCUGAAGCGGUUUUUC